CAAACGUACAGCUGAACGAGUGUGUUUCUCGCGCAAUCUCCGCAAACGCUAAAUCACCAUUCCUGAGGUAUCUCUAUAAUAGCAUAGGCAUUCGUGUGUCGGUAUAGGAGACGUUGUAAAUCUGUGCGCAUAAAAAAGCAGAUCGAAAGAGCCAGAAAGGACAACCCGAGAAUUCCUCCGGAAAGUGCGAUCGAGAGUGCGGUUUGGUGCGUAUACGUUUGUGAUUGAAAGCAAAGUGUGAAAGUCACGCAAAAGUUUCACUUAGUGCUCAAUUUGUUGCGAAGUGGAUUAAGUGCAAAGUAUUGUCGAACGGCUAAGUAGCCAGGAGGGAAAAAGAUAGCCAAAGUAUCGGACCCCAACGCACACGUACGGUUCACACAUACAGACGAAAACCUGUUGCGCAUUUGCUGUCUCAGUUGCCAGCUCUUGAUCGCUCACACACAGCGCACGGAGAUUCAGCUAGAGGGAAAAACACACAAAGUUGUGACGGCGGUGACGUGUUGUGUGUUUGAAAGUUCGCCGAAGUUAGACAUCGAGUGGAUCAAGCAGAAUCGGCAGUAGAGCAGUGAUCGACGUGCUUUCGUUCGCCAGUUACCACAAAUAGUAGAAUUUGCUAAACCACCGUCAAAGAACCACAGUCGAAAUAGGUAAUCCGGAUCGACGCGAUUUUCGUAGUGUUCGUAGGGCCAUCGAAUCGAUCGGGAAACCAAAUCGACCGGCAAUCGGGCACAACGGCGCAACGAUGGCGUCCACGCUGAUGUUCUGGAACAAGCAGAACUCCAACAGUCAAAACGGGAACGAUGCCAAGAACACAAAGAACGGUCGCAAUUGGCUGCAUGCUCCCGACGUACUGGUGAACGGUCAUGUUGCUUAUCUAGUCAAAUUCCUCGGAAGCACACCAGUCGAGCAAGCGAAAGGAAUCGAAGUGGUGAAAGAAGCCAUUCGGAGGUUACAGUUCACACAGCAGAUGAAAAAGGCGGAAGGUGGCAGUAACGUCAAAACGAAGAAGGUCGAGAUCACCGUUAGCGUUGAUGGUGUAGCGAUACAGGAACCCCGAACCCAGACGAUUUUGCAUCAGUUCCCGCUGCAUAAAAUCUCGUACUGUGCCGACGAAAAGGGCGUUAAAAAAUUCUUUAGCUUCAUCGCAAAAACCGGCACCGGGGCGUCAACGCAAUCUCUCAGUACCGCCAGUGACGAUACGCAUUCGUCUCACUCAGCCGAUCAGGAUGGCCAGCACGAGUGUUUUGUGUUUAUCUCGAACAAACUGGCGUCGGACAUUACGCUUACGAUCGGGCAGGCAUUCGAUCUAGCUUACAGACGCUACGUGAAUGACAGUGGCAAAACAGUGGAAACAUCGAAGUUGCAAACCCAGAACAAACAGCUGGAGAACACGGUUUCCGCGUACCGUCAACGCCUGAAGGACCUCUCGGAGCUAGUGUCGAAGCCGGACUUGGACAAACUGCUGCUGAGGCUUGGACUCCGUGAUAUCUACGAUGUGCCAGCGUUGGAAAACGGCCUCGAUAGCCACAUGGCCACAGUCAAUGGCAGUAAGACGCCGGAUCUGGUCAAUCUUUCAGGCAUCGAUGUGUCGUUACCAAACAAUGAUGAUCAACUGUUGAUCGAAACAUCACCGAAGCACUUUGCUCCACUCGUUCCACCCCGGAAUAUACAAAAUCAGAUCAACAGCACACUGGAAGCAUUCAAACCUUCAGUCGGAACAAAGAUGGAAGGUUUGCUUUUAAAUUCCGACUCGGAUAGUGAUUUUGAUCCGCGUGCUCCGGACAAUGACAGUCCUUCGAUUGGUGGAAACAAAAUCAGCAAUGAUCUGUUCGGAUUUGAACCACCGAAGCAAAGCAUAGGCCAACAGCUGUUUACUAGCAGCAGUAGCAGCAACCAUAACAGUUUCACCAACGGAAACAAUGGCAGCAACGGAUGCGGUGCUCCCACAAGUCCUCCUCCAAUUCUGGCUCCUCCUCCACAGAAAUCUGCCCCACGAAGGACAACCUCAGUUAACCAGAACAGUGGUACGGCUAUCAACGGUAACGGAUAUCAGGAUUUGUUCGGGUCGGCACCUUUCAAUCCACAGGACACUGCCAUCGACAAUUCCUUCGCAGUAAAUGGUCAUUCCACUGCUAUUUCUUUCACGGAUGAGAUCGAAAACUUUGCUGAUAGCUCGUCCAAAGUGGACGAAGUACUAUCGUUGAACAAAGCUUUUUACAAUUAUUCAUCGGUUCCAACGGCUACUAAUUCGCUUUCGAACCCAUUUGCUACAUUAACUGCCCCUGCUCAAAAUAUCCAAAGAACCAACCCACUAGAUGUAACCAAACAGAAUGCCACGUUGUACGAUGGGUUCCAGACCGGCCACAGCAACGUUGAAACGCGCACCGGUAGUACUUCACCGAACAUUAAUUCCGGUACUAACUAUACCAUCCAACAGUCACAACAAUCGGCAAAGCAUGCAAAUUCGAAUUCUACGCACGCGGAACUAUCUGAUUCGGAAGCUCUUUUUGAAAACUUUGCUUUAUCGGCUUUUAAUGAAUUCAAGAGAGAUUUAAGCAACUCCACCAAUCGCCAGAAGGGUGUCACAAACCGUGUUGAAACGAACGGAAAGCGAAUGCCGACGUCGAUGGUUAAUAAAGAUCUCAAUGCCGGCGGCAAGAAUACAGUCAUUACCGCAAAUCUCAACAUUAAUGGUUCACUAUUGCUCGCUACUGGUCCUACAUCACAGUUUACUCAAAAGACAUCAAAGAACGGCUUGUUCACCUCGGAUGACCUGCUGGACACGUUCGAUCCACUGAAGAAGUGAUGCCCCCAAUCUGGAAACCUGGAAUUCUGCACGUUUCCGUCUGGAAUUUUUUGUUUGUUUAUUUUUUUUUUCGGCUCGUUGUUUGAUUCUGCUGGUUUGAACGAAACGCCACCUCCUAUUCAAACUGGGUCUAUCUUCAGAUUUGUUGUUUGUAACGAGAGAAUCUCUGCAAUUAUGCAUCUACAUUUACUAAUCAUUAGAUUUGUUUUAUCCCAGAGAGAUCUGCUGAUGAUGAGCGAGUGGAAAAUGAAAGUUUGUGUAUGCUAUCUGUUUUACUAGGAAAAACUAUUUGAAAUAUCAGUUUAAUGUCUAAAGUCAUUGGCUAGAUAAUGUGGUGAAAAUAUUUUUGUAAUUGAAUUAAUCGUCAUGUUAGGAACAUUUAUGCUAAAGUAUUAAUCAUCAGAAAUAAAUUUGCGACUAUGUAGGUUAAUGAAAUUUCCCAUGUUUUAUCCUUUAUCACUCGGGAAUGACGGAUGGGAAAAAAAAACAUUCCAUUGCUCGAGAAAUGUACAACUUCCGAGUGUUGCAUGCAAUAAUGAUUUAAGCUGAACAUUUGUAGGCGCGUAAGUGCUCUCUACCAUCGACUAGCAGAUAACCGAAUGAAUUCAAUCGAAUCCAAAUAUUGCGCACGGAUAUGGUGCUAUUGAUAUUGGAAACUCUUGUAUUUUCCAAUUUUGUUCAAAUUUUCUCAAAAACAGAGUAAAAAGACACAUUUUUGGAUUUUUUUUUGUCAAUUUUUAUUACGUAAAUUGCAUACGUAUCUAUUUUCCAAGGUAACUAAUAAUAAUUUUGAUUCACGUUGCCCCAUUGGGUUUGGUCCACUGACUGUGAAAAAUGUCAGGUGGAAUUUUUUUUUCGUUCAUAAGAUAAUUAUGUUAGUAAAAACUGUAAUUGUAAUAAAUGGAUCAAAUGAAAACGUAGAAUAAAACAGAAUAUUUUUGUUAGAUUAUAUAUGCUAUAUUAUUUAGAAUUUACAAGGAGCGCAAUCAACAACUAUAUAAAUGUAUCAAAUAAUUACUAACUGUAGAUUCAUUGUUAUUCUAGUUUUAGUAUCGUUUAGUACCCAAUAUGACCAAUAAAUAUAAAUAAAGAGCAAAAUUGUGGAAGUAGCUGAUGGCGCAUCCGAAUAA